AGAGGAAAGCGGGGGGGAUCCGUCGUCCCUUGAAAAUCCGCGAUGGGGACUGAACUGAACGAUCUCAACCGAGACAGCUCACGCGAUCCAACGACGGACGUCAGUUUGGGAUCGUCAGGCAAAGGAGUUUGCGGGCGCGACCGUCCGGGCAAAGCAAACCGAAAAGGAGGGAAAGCGUGGAGGAGAGAGAGGAAAUCGGGAGACCUCCCCCCGCCAAGAAUGGACGACCCCUCCUUCCUUCCCCUUUCCCCUUCCCCCUUCCCCGCUGCUCUCUCCAGUCUCCGCCAUCCUCCAUUCUCUUCGCGAUCGGCCUCUCCCGCUCCAUCCCUCUCUCUCUCUCUCGCUCUCUAGCUGAUGUCCUGAGGAGGAUCAGGUGUCUGUGAUUCUCGCGAUGGGCAUCAGCUUCAAGUACUGGGAUGAUUGCGUCGAUCAUCUCGACAUGGAGGCGCUGUGGCUGAUCCCCGACGUCAGCACCGAGUGGACCAACGUCGGAGAGACCAGGGGGCAGAAAGUUUGCCUCUCCAGGGAUCCUGAUGGCCAGAAAUACUUGACUCAGAAUGAGAUGAGGGCUGUGGCUGAGAUUACUGUCCGUAGACAUUUCUCGUCGAAGGUUGAUCCGGAUAUGAUCUGUGCUAUUGCAGAACUUGAAAGCGACAGACAGAUUCUUGCUUCAAGAUAUAACAAGAAAACAAAGGAUACUACGCUGGGGAUCAUGCAGAUUUUACCGAAAACUGCAGAAUGGUUGAAUAGUGAGCAGGGCUAUGUUGCAUAUAAAGUGCAAGGAAAUGAAGAAGUUCUCUAUCGACCUUUUGUAAAUGUUUACUUUGCUGCUGCCUACCUAAAAUGGUUGUCAAACUUCGAGGAAAAAGAAAGAAGCGAGGAGUUUGUAGUCAGGGCCUACAAAGGGGGUACAAAAAAAGCGACUCAUAAAUCUACUUUACCAUAUUGGAAACGGUAUCUUUCAGUCAAAGAAACAUUUACAUCCAGAAAAGCUUUUGAUUGUGGAGCUCUGAUGAGUGAUCCUUCUUUCCUUGUAGCCUCUGCAGCACCAGAUACAGCAGGCACCACGUAUACAUAUUGGGACUCCAGGGCUUCUCCUGAAGAUAUGGAAGAUAUGUGGAAUCACCCUGAUGUUGUUAAAGAAUGGACCAAGUCCGGAGAAAAACGUGGAAAAGUGCGCUUUUCACAUGAUGCGGCUAAGAAGCCAUAUGUUUCCCGUGUGGAAGUGAGGGCAAUUGCCGAAAUCAUCCUCCUGAGACACUUUGCAUCAAGAAAAGUUAAACCUACAGUCCUAUGUGCGCUUGCAGAGGUGGUUAGCAUGCGUUUUGUGGAUGGGGUUAAAGAACGUACUGGACUAAUGGGGAUCGACUUCCCAACAGCUUUAUGGCUUUACAAUGAGUUGGGAAACAGGGCUUACAAAGUUGAAAUUGCCGAUGAUCUACACAAGCCUUUUGUAUCCAUGUACUUUGGUGCAGCCUAUUUGGCUUGGUUAUCAGAAUACGAAGGCAGGGAAAGAACACCUCAGUUUGUUGUUCAAGCAUAUCUUGGUGGCCCAGAGAAUGUGAAAGCUCAGGAGACGGGUCCACUGUGGCUUAAAUUCGAGGAAGCUCUGAGUAACUACGGAGACGUGAAGAGGGACAAUGGGAGCUGCUCCAUCUUGUAAUCCAUCGUGUUUACCUUUAAUUGGCCCUGUCCUGAAAUUCAUUCAAUCGGUAGAGGUGGCUCGACAACGAGCUCCUUUAUGUUCUCUUCCAGAAAUAUGUAGAUGCCCUCAUUUUAGUUGCCAACCUCCAUCGGUCUCUUGUUGGCUAAUGGCUACCAUCUGCAACAGGAGACUGAGAUUGCUUCCAACCCAAGGACGAAGUGACUUUGUAUCUGAGUUCUGCCAAGAUACCUAGUUUUUAACAGAGUGCCCUAAGAAGUAGGCAAACAUCUUUCCAAUUCCAAUGCGAGAUUUCUAUCAUAAGAUGUGUACUCAAUGCUUUAGAAAUCCAAUAUUUUCUCAUUUCUCAUUCAACAUGCGCAAGCAAGUAUGAUGCUCCUGAUAAGGCUCCUUUAA